AUGAUAAGUGUUGAUUUAACAUCUGUGGAUAAUGAUGAUUCUCAAAUACUACAAGUAGAAGCACAGUUUGAUAAAGAUGCUGAGUUAAAAGCUAAUGAUGAUGAUGAUAACUUUAAAGCACCUACAUGUACACCAAGGAAGUCAAAAAAAAAUAUUUUUAAAAAAACUAAAAUUGAUAACACGUUGGACAAUGCUGUAGAAACCCAGAAAUAUGUUUGUAAAAAACAAACAAUGGAAAAUGAAUUUACAGUUUUUGCACGCGAUGUUCGAAAUUUUUUACCAUCAUGGACAAUUGAAUAUGGUUUUAUUAAAUAUGGAGAUAAAAGUCGAUGCGGUCUGUACUCUGAAAUUAUUGUAUCUCGGACAUCUUCUAUCAAACGACAUUUUGAAACAAACCACAAAGAAAUUUUAGAGUUAAAUAUUACUGAAAGGAAAGAAGUUAUUUCUCAACGCUUGAAGGUAAUUGAAAACCAAUCUAAUUUGUUAUGUAAAUUCGUAAAAACUUCUAAUAAUGUCACUGAAGCAAGUUUUGAAAUUUCUCAUUUAAUUGCCAAACACUCAAAACCAUUUUGUGAGGGCGAGUUUUUAAAAACGGUCAUGUUAAAAGCUGCUCCUAGUUUAUUCCAAGAUUUUAAUAAUAAAGAUAAGAUACUUCAGAGAAUUCAAGAAUUACAACUAAGUAGAAAUACUAUUAAAGAAAGAAUUUUAAAAAUGACCGUCAAUAUUUCUGAUCAACUUCAGUCUGAUAUUAAUAGUUGUGAUUUCUUCUCGAUUUGUUUGGACGAAACAACAGAUAUAAAGUCAUCUGCUAGAUUAGCAAUUUUCGCACGUUUUUCAAACGGGAAUGAAAUGCGUGAGGAACUUUUAAAAUUAGCUAAUAUACCAGAAAGAACAAGAGGUACAGAUCAUGUUGGACAUCCAAUAAUUGGAUUUCACUGCAUCAUACACCAGCAAAUGUUGUGUUCCAAAGUCGGCACAAGUGAUUUAAAAGAAUUGUCAGAACAAGUUAAUAAAAUUAUUAAUUUUAUAGUUGCUCGUGAUAUGCAUAAAAGACAAUUUAAAAAAAUUUUAAAUGAUGUUAACUGUGAAUAUGAUACUCUUUUAUUGUGCAAUAAUGUACGCUGGCUAAGCCGGGCUACAUCAUUAGAACGAUUUGUAAAUUAUCUAACAUUACAUUUGAACACUUUGAAUAAAAAGUUACAAGGACGCGGUAAAACAAUUGCCCGCAUGGCACUAGAAUUACCCAAGGAGAUCCCCGGUAAUCCGGAGCAGGAGUAUUGGGCAUUCCUGGGAUACUAUUUUCAGUCCGAAAUCAAUCCUAUAAUUAUCCAAUAA